CUUGCAUUUUAUGUUAUGUACCACACUUAUACUGGAGGCUAUAUGAGAAUCUGCAAAAAGCAACUAGCAAAGGAUAUUAAGGUGUUUCUAUUGAAAUUGGUGGUGAAGCUGUGAUUGGGUGGAGAAAGGGAACUAUCAAUUUGUUUAGUAGCCCCCCCCCUUUCGGCAAUCAGCAGAAACUGUACCUGAUUACUAAAAGUGCUCACAUCAGCAGCUAUUAGUGCUUAUAUUUAGUGUUUAAAUCCAGCGUAAGGGCAUGUUGAGCCAUUGCAGAUGCAGAUACUGUAUGUUUUUCAUCACUUGGCACUUGUCCAAUUAGUUAUUGUAAUUUUAUCUGUCAAGAAGCAUAAGUUGGAAUGUCUGUUACAUUGUAAUGUCACAAUAAGUAUACGAUCUGUCUAAAGCCUUCAGUAAAUUGACUGCACUUGAGAAGCUAGAAAAUUAAAUUUCGUUUAUAUAAGAAAAAAUUCAUAAGUAAGAGCUUUGUUUCCCAGUUUGCUUAGUAUUAGGCGAUUCCAGUUCUCCUUACCAACGUAGGAGUUUUAAGGAAAACGUAUGCAACUACAAUCGGCCAUUUGCAUUAGCAAUGUGCACAUGACAGUAGCAGCAGCAUAGCGUAAUAUGCUUUGCAAAUCAUGCAGCCCCGUUGGCGGCUGACAUCAAGCAUUUUUACCAUCUGCAGCAGCGUAAACAAUUUGAAUUGAAAGGUAGUAAAAAAAGGACGAAAAUGUGCUCUGUUGAUCAUAUAAAUCACUAAUAGGAGUAAGCCAAUUAUGAUUAAGAAAACACUUAUUUGCAGUUUUCAUACUUCAACAGUGUAUAAUUAAACAGCUUUCAUAACUAAACUGAGCUUUUCUCGUUUAAAUAUUCAGCGGAGAUCAAAUUUCUCGUCAUACAACCAGUGACCUUCGAAAUGAUCUGUGCUGAUCUGUUUCGAUCCAAAAAUCGAUCUUUUGAAUAUGGGACAUUCUCAUACGGAUCUUCAGCUGUUAAUGAAGAUGGAGAAUUGAAAACAAUAAUUUUCACCGUUCUAAUAGCAACAAUGAUGGUAUUUGGAAUGCUAACUAAUGGUUUUGUUAUCUACGUGCUUGGAUGCAAAAAUCGAGCAAAGAAAUCAGAUGUCUUCAUUAUUGCUCUGGCACUACUUGAUAUUAUGACAUUCUUCGCCGGGUCUACAGAGAACUUCAAAGAUAUACACAGACUACCAAUACCGCCCUAUUUGAAUCACAUUAUUAAUAUAGUUUUUAUUGGUGCGAUGCAAGGAUCGGGUUGGAUAAUGUUCUGCAUCACAAUCGAGCGAUAUUGGGCAAUCAAAAAGCCAUUACAGUUUCGAAGAAUCACCUUGAAAACAAGGGUCUUCGCCGCCCUAGCUUCAAUUCUUUUCACAACCACAUUUACAGUGGCGCGAACAAUUUACAUAGAAGACGAUUUCGUGCUUUAUAUGUAUAUUACAAACUCUAUGCAAUAUCUUUCAUUCAUUUUACCAUUAAUCAGCAUCACCUGCCUCUAUGCAACCUGUAUUCGGCAAUUGAAGCAAAACCAUCCCAAAAUCAGCAACAACAUUGCACAAGAAAGAAGACUGGCCUCGCACAAACGCAUCUGUCAACACUUUCUUGUUGUCAUCAGCCUCUAUUUCAUAUGCGUUGCACCAGUAACAAUCUUUACUACAACUUUAACAGUUCGAGUUUCAAGAGACCCAAAAAUGGUUUGCAGCUUUAUAACCAGCGCAAAAAAUCCCUACCAUUUUUUGAUAAGCCUUUUUUACAUUAAUGGGUGCAUCAACCCGUUUCUGUAUGCUAGAAUACAUCCACAAAUAAAACGUUCUGUAGAAGUGUUCAAGUGCUGGCAGGACACAAAUGUUAGAGCAACAAAUAAUGCAGAAGGGACAGCAAUCGAACUGGAAACAAGAAAAAUGUACUCAAAUCAAUUGAAAAGUCUUAAAGCUGUCGAGAUCGAAGAAUGAAGACAGUCAAGAAAGGUCCAGAAACCAUAGAACCUCAAAUGCACCUUGAAUGCACCUGUUUCGUUUCUGAUUAAUCGAUCAUAACAAGUUAAUCAGUUGAUAAUCUCGUAGCCAAGCCCAUGAAUGACUACUUAUUUGAAACAAAAACAACGCUGUUUGGGAAUUUCUGGAUACCAAUUUUUAGGCCAACAGAGGCCGUGUUUACACGAUCCCGGUUUCAAUGCACCGUGUCGGGUUGAUUUCAUACCAGAUAAGGCUCCUGUCUACACGACAGUAGUUACUCCUCGCUGCGGGGUGUAGUUAUUUGUUUGAGGCCUCUGCGUUGGUAUUUGAUUCGCGCCAUUAAUUUACCUGCCAUGUGAGCAUUGAUGUGAGUCAUUGAAAUAAGUUCCACCCCCAAGCCUUCGAUCUUCCAAGGCUCAUCCAAUACCUUCAUGCUAUUCUCGCAUUCAAUCCUCUCCUUAGUUUUACAAGGGCAUAUGUCGCAUCAACAGGCUAGUAAAACAAAAGUGUUUUUGAGUCAUUUCUUUUUCUUGAAUUGGCCCAGUCCGAUACAAAUCGGAUUGGUCUCUUACCACUUUCGGAGCGGAGUGGCUUCAAUCCGCAAAAGUGGUACGAAAGUAUAUCGGAUUGGAUCCUCGUCGUGUAAACCAAAGAACAUAGAAAAAAGACUUGAUAGGGAAGCCGGCAAAGAACAAAAAGAGACACAACAAGCCUCAUUUUGAUCUUGCGUUUUGCGAAAAUUCAAAGUCGAUUUCUGAUUUGCACUUCUCGUUCAAAACUCACAACACAACUUAGCCGAUCAGGGGUAAAAAUCCCGGGGGUGGGGGGAAUUAUGUGACACCCCUACCCCCAAUCUAAAAAAUAAUCGAUUUCGCAAGGCAGUCGAAGCUUUUGCAGGGCAUAAUGAAUAAUUUUUUGCAGUGCAGGAACGCCACCCCUGAAGUUCGUAAAAAAGCCGUUUAGGAAUUUUGAAAUAGAUACUGUAUAGCACAUUUGCGAUGACCUUCUCUUCCUGACAUUGCAUUCAAGCUAACGGAAAAUGCAACGAUAAUUGAUGCAUAUGUUUAGUGCAAGGUUGAGUCCAUACAGAGCAAUUUAAGUUGUAAGUUCCCCACUUUUUCAAGAAAACAAUUUUUUCCGUUUUUUUCUUUUACUCCUUAAAAUAGUGUAUGAAAAUAGGAAAACAAGGUUUUUAGAUACCGAUUUGGUUUGGUUUAUUUACUAACUUAUUUACGUCGAUGUGCAAUCAGAAACGAAAGGUCACGUUUUUUUUCUUUCUCCAACGUCUGUCACUUGAGUUUUAGCAUGACACCUCCUCUCCUCGAUUUUUCCCAAUAAACAAUAAUCAGCUUUUUCUGAGAAGCGUCGAAUUGUCCUUCCAAAGCAGUAUAGUAUUAGUAUAGUAAGCUACUUAACAGCUGGGAAACUGGAUGUAAACAUUCCAAUCACUCUUGCUACUUCCCUUAUUCUGGGUCGUACAACCUUUAGCAGAUGUUCACAACACUUUAUUAUGUUAGUUUUUCUAUCCUGGGUGAGGGUGAUUGUCAUUUUUGUGGAGUCAAUUAUAAACCCAAGGAAAAGAAUUUUUGUUGAGGAAUCAGGCAAGAUUUAUCUGGGUGAAUAAUGAAUCCUAAGCUGUGUAUCAUUGAAAUUGUUUCUAGAACAAUUAUAACACAAUCUUUAUAGGAAUCCCCAUUCUUGAUAAGGUCAUCUAUGAAAGCACAAACAAUGUGACCUUAUUUCCUUAAUGAUGCUGAGGAUGCUUUUAGUAGUUUUGAGAAUUUUCUAGGUCUUGGUGACAGGAUAUUAGGUAGACAGGUAAAUUUAUAUAGCUCAGAACCUAUCUGAAAUUUCAGGUACUUUUGGUACUUUUGUAUUACGUAAUUGUUAUUUUAAGGUUUGCUUUGAGAAUAUAAAGGGUUGUUUUAUAAGUUAGAAGUAGUCUUGUCGAAAGUUUUGCCGUACUGCUAGAAGUUCUGUCGCUAGUUUUGUUGUGCUUGUUAAAGCCGUGUCGUUAUUUGUUGAACUUGUUGUUUUCCGCCGUUAGUCGAAUCAUUGCCGUAAAAAGAAGAAUUUUGAUUUUAUCCGCGGUUGUCGUAUUUUCGAGCAUUUCUGUCUACAACGAACUCACAUUGGUAAAACCCCUUUGAAGUGGUUUUACACUUCUGUUUCUCUCUCGUCAUGACCCCGGGCCCAUAAAUCCUCUCAGCGGCCCUGCUUGCACCCUAAUAAUUUAAGUAAUAUUGCACCCUAAUUUAAGUAAAAUUGCACCCUAAUAAAACACGAUCAAGGAUCGAGCCAAAAAUUUGUAUAAAAUGCAAGAACUGCCAGGUUGAACAUUAAUUUGCUGGUUCUUAAAAAAAUUGUAUUUCUCGAAGAUGGAUCAUUUUAUGAUAAAGUGUUAGCCUCCCCUUCUUUUGAGGGUUAUGUACCUUCUGAGUUGUAGGCAGGGCUAUGGCUGUGAAAAUCUGAUUUCUCACCUAACCGAGAUGACUUUGAUGGUUUUAUAUAAUUUCGAGUAUGGAGAUUCAGAAUCCAAGAUGGGACCAAAAAGAUUUUGCCUCUGUAUCACGUGAUUGGUGACGUGAUCAACAAUGGCAAAAACAGAAAUAAAUCCGUUAUAUAUUAAAAAUAAAGUGUACAAUUUAGCAAAUCUAGGUUGUAUGUGACUGCGCAUUUCAAGAGCUUUAACUUGAUGUAUCAUGUAAUUGAGUUUGCUGACGUUUGCUUAUUUUGUGACGUCAUAAGUGGAUAUUCCCAAGUUCUGCCACCACCUUUAUUUUCUCUGGGAAUAACUUCACUGUUUAGAUUAAAAAGAUGUGAGGUUAGCACAGAUCAUUGCCUUAUACCGUUUAUAACUAAUGUCGAUUUGCUGAUAUCUCUAUCAAUUCUAAUGACUGCACUCUGAUCACGACAUAAGCUCUUUAUAAGCUGUAAAUCCUUUGAAUCAAUUUCAAAAACUUUAAGAUCUCUAAAUAUUUCCUCAUGUUGUACUUCAUCAACUGCCUAACAAGGUAAGGCCUAACACGGUGUUAAGACAAAUGACGUCAUAAACUGAGUUUCAUUGAUGAAGAAA